GUCCCUCGUACUGCUUGACAACCAUUGUUGGUUUGUUUACGUCCCCCAAAACUCAUUGUGACCCAAGAUAUUUUUGCUUUCCUGGUUAUUUUGCAGGCAACUACGACCUGGUUGAAGACUUAUUGAUGAGCACACUCGAUGUGGUUGGAGGCACAGGACAUCCUUCCGUAUCGAUCAUGCUAAACACGCUGGGACUAAAUGCCGAACGAAACGGUAACCAGACCGCAAAAGCCCUGAAGUAUUACCUCGCUUCCUUGUUUGAACGACGUAAGACCGCUUGCAUCAACACAGAGAAAUUGGUGGUUCCUUUGUGCAAUGUUGGUAAACUUCUCUCCGGAAUCCAAGGAAAACACGUUGCGGCGCUCCGUCUGUUGAACGAAGCUCAGAUUAUAAGAAGAUGUUAUGGUCGGUUACAUCCAACUACGUCGCUUGUUCUCAAGUAUAUCUCGGAAGUUUACAAAAGGCAGCACUUGAUAGAAGAAUCCAUUCCGCCAUUGCUGGAGGCGUUAGAUAUUUACCAACACAUCAACGCCGACUUCAACCUGAUCACGUCCCUAUAUUCCGACAUUGCACACAGUUACCUCCUCAUCAACAAACAGCGACAUGCCAUCAUCUAUUUUCAAAAGAUUCUCAAUGCCAAAAACCAAAUCGUGUCGCUCAGACCCGACAACACACAUGUAGCAUCUUCCCUUGAACAUAUCGUCCGUCUGAGCACCGAAACACAAGAGAUCCAGAAGUAUUACGUUGAAGACCUCCUGACUGAACUGAAAAGACUUUCCCAGAUUCGAGCUUUGAGACGUACGCAGAAGACCAAAUACCUAACACAGAUUGGUCACUAUUCCUAUUCAUUGUUACUCAUGGAAAAUCGGAUCUCCAUGCAGGAAAACCAAACUGGUUUAUCCAUAGAAUCUAUUCCUGAAGUUUGCUCUCAUUGUCAACAGUAUAUGACAAUCGGUCAGUGUUCGAAACCAGCGUACCUCAAGCUGGUUUGCUGUUUGUCGAAUGGAGUCAGUUAAUAGGAAAUGUGGAGUUGUUGUUUUUUUUUUUGUUAUGUUUAACCCUUCAGCGUUUAUACAGGCCACAUCUGGUCCAAAUAUUCUACCCGUUUUAUUAUGAUCAAGCCGUUCAGAUCAGACCUCUCAUACCCACCCUCCAAUGUCAUUCUAAAAAUUAAACAAAUUUCAUCGUCGAAAUAUCAAAGCUACGAGAUAAUGCAUGAUUAAUUCAAACCAAUUUGAAUAAAUAAGCAUUACAAUUGACAGAGUAAUCUGAAUGCCAAAGGUUUAACCACCAACUCCUCCCCAAUUUAGCAGACCCUGAUUGAGCAGACCUCUGAUCGAAAGCAAUCCAUCUGUGACCAUCGUGUUUGACUGUGGUGGUCCUUCGUUUUUUUAAUACGAUUGGGUAGGACUUGAAAGAAAAGUUAUAUGAUUGUAUGUGUGUUUAUUUAUUUAUGUAUAAAUGUAUGUACAGUAUCUACGUACGUGAAGGACGUAUGCAUGCAUAUCUGUAUACGUAUGCAUGUAUGUAUGUAUGGAUGGAUGGACAGAUGGUUGUAUGUAUGUAUGUAUGUAUGUAUAUUUAAGCAUGUAUAUAUACACGUAUGCGAUUUUAUUUUGCGUUUAUUUAUUCAUAAAUGUGUAUUAUAUAUGUACUUUAAAUAUGUAAAGGUGCAAACUUUUUAACACAACGAAUAUUUUGCCAAUGCACAUACACCCAAACAUAUACACGCAUACACACACGCACACACAUACACAUACACACUUACGUACGUGCGUGUGUGUGUCUGUGUGCGUGUGUAGAAUAUAUAUGCAUGUGAAGUAUUUAUAUGAUGAAAGUUCUGGGGAAAGUUAAAUUGUGAUAAAUUGUCGUCAUAUCCCAGAGCAAACUCUGUCUGUACAGAAACUAGUAUUUAAGGAAGAGCGUUUUAUGAACGAACCCCUUGAAAAUAUUUAAUGAGAAGGGGUUGAUUUAAGUUGAAUUUUUUACCCAACAAGGUCCUAGGUUGUUUAACCGAACCAACAAUAAUAACACAAAAAUGUUUUAAUCAAAGAUCUCGAAAUCAAUAAAAUGUCAUGAAAUGUUUUGUUUUAA